GACGCAUGCGCAGUUCAGCGUUUGACCCGGGGAGAAGCACCGUCGCCAUUUUGGUUCUGAAGGGGGGCCUGCUGUCACCACGUGAAGUCGAGGAGCCCCAGACAGCGAAGUUCGGGGGGGCUUUUACGAUACAGCAGACAAUCCGGCCAGAGGAUCGCGGAUUCCGAUUCAUGAUUAGAGCAAAGUCACGGUGAUCAACACUCAAAAGCUAGAAGCAUGCCUUCGAUAACUCUACCGCCGAAGGAGAACGCUCUCUUUAAGAGAAUAUUGAGAUGCUACGAACACAAGCAGUACAGAAAUGGCCUCAAGUUUUGCAAACAGAUCCUGUUCAACCCGAAGUUUGCAGAACACGGAGAGACCCUCGCAAUGAAGGGACUGACUCUGAACUGCUUGGGCCGAAAGGAGGAGGCGUAUGAUCUAGUGCGACGAGGUUUACGAAACGAUCUGAAGAGUCAUGUCUGUUGGCACGUGUACGGUUUGCUUCAGCGCUCAGAUAAGAAGUAUGACGAGGCCAUCAAGUGCUACAGGAAUGCUCUUAAAUGGGACAAAGACAAUUUGCAGAUCCUCAGAGAUCUCUCACUGCUGCAGAUCCAAAUGAGAGACCUCGAAGGUUACCGGGAGACCAGGUACCAGUUACUGCAGUUGCGUCCAGCUCAAAGAGCCUCCUGGAUUGGAUAUGCCAUUGCAUAUCACCUUCUGGAAGAUUAUGAAAUGGCGGCUAAGAUAGUGGAAGAGUUCCGCAAAACACAACAGACAUCUCCUGAGAAAGUGGAUUAUGAGUACAGCGAGCUUUUGCUGUAUCAGAAUCAGCUGUUGAGGGAGGCCGGGCUUAUCAAAGAAGCCCUUGAUCACCUGACCAACUAUGAAAAACAGAUCUGUGACAAACUGGCUGUAGAGGAGAUACGAGGAGAGCUGCUUCUGAAGUUAGACCGGGCUGGUGAAGCUACGGAGGUUUACCGCCGACUGUUGGAGAGAAACCCUGAGAACUGGAGCUACUAUCAAGGGCUGGAAAAAGCACUCAAACCAAAGAGUGUCGAGGAGAAGCAGAAAAUCUAUGAAGAUGCCUGGGUUAAGUAUCCUAAAGGCCUGGUGCCAAGAAGACUUCCUCUCAGCUUCCUCACAGGUGAGAAGUUUAGAGAGUGUUUGGAUCGCUACCUGAGGAUGAACUUUAGCAAAGGAUGCCCUCCUGUCUUUACCACACUCAAAUCACUCUACCACCACAAAGACAAGGUAGCGAUUAUUGAGGAGUUAGUUGUGGGCUAUGAAAAAAGUUUAAGAACCUGUAAAAUGUUCAACCAAAAUGAUGAUGGGAAAACAGAGCCACCCACCACUCUUCUGUGGGUUCAGUUUUUCCUGGCUCAGCAUUUCAACCAUAUCAGCAAACAGACACUUGCCCUCGAUUACAUUAACGCAGCCAUUGAAAGCACCCCAACCCUCAUAGAGCUCUUCCUCAUCAAGGCGAAGAUAUACAAGCAUGCGGGUAACAUCCGUGAAGCUGCUCGGUGGAUGGACGAGGCCCAGGCUCUGGACACUGCUGACCGCUUUAUCAACUCUAAGUGUGCCAAGUAUUUGCUCAAGGCUGGCCUUAUCAAGGAGGCUGAAGAGAUGUGUUCCAAGUUCACACGGGAAGGAACAUCUGCAGUAGAGAAUCUGAAUGAGAUGCAGUGCAUGUGGUUCCAGACAGAAUGUGCUCUGGCCUACAAGUCCUUGAACAAAUAUGGAGAGGCGCUGAAGAAGUGCCAUGAAAUUGAAAGGCAUUUUGUGGAGAUAACAGAUGACCAGUUUGACUUCCAUACAUACUGUAUGCGGAAGAUGACGCUGCGCUCCUAUGUGGAUUUGCUCAAACUAGAGGAUGUGUUGCGUAUGCACCCUUUCUACUUCAAGGCAGCAUGUACGGCCAUCGAGAUCUACCUCAGCCUUCACGAUAACCCGCUCUCUGAUGACAACAAGGAGUCGCAAGCGGACAACGCCAACCUGACAGACAAGGAGCUGAAGAAACUGCGCAACAAACAGAGACGUGCCCAAAAGAAAGCCCAGUUAGAAGAGGAAAAGAAGAAUGCUGAAAAAGAGAAACUGUUAAAGAACCAAAAGAAGAAAAAGGAAGAGGACGAGGAGGAGAUAGGAGGACCCAAAGAGGAGCUCAUACCAGAAAAACUUGCAAAGAUUGAGAAUCCUCUAGAAGAAGCGAUUAAGUUCCUGACUCCUCUUAAGAACUUGGUAAAGAAUAAAAUAGAGACACACCUGCUAGCCUUUGAGAUCUACCUCAGGAAAGAGAAGUAUCUUUUGAUGCUGCAGUCGGUUAAGAGAGCUUACUCAUUGGACCCCGAUCACCCCUGGCUCCACCAGUGUUUGGUGCGAUUCUUCAAAGGAGUGUCGGACAGUAAGGACAUGCCUGAGGCAGUGCAGACGGUUCUGAAGCAGGAGAUCACAAAACUGUUUGGCGAGAGUGACCCAAAGACUUUCAACAAGAACUUCCUGAGCAAACAUGCAAACUCAAUACCACACAGAGUUGCAGCUGCCAAGAUGAUGGUGUUUCUGGACCCGUCCUCUGAGAGCAUGGCUGCUGAGCUGGCUACUUCUUUAAACGAGCCCCUAACAGGCAGUACCAUUCAGACGUGCACCGAGGCUCUCCAGGCUUUGAGGGACGGCAGUCUGGGCUCACAGCAGGAGAAAUUUGUGGAAUCGUACCGUGUGGCUUGCCACGGUGUCUAUCCCUACGCUGUAGCCUUCAUGCCCCCCGGUUACCAGGACAACUCUGCGGUGACCACCAACGGAGACCUGUCCCCCUGCGACCACGAGGACAUGCCCAAUGAGAUGUGAGCAUUUCAGGAAGUGAGCAGGGUGGCCGUUUUAUGGCCGUCAGCAUUUUGAGACCAGACGCCCCACAGAGGUUGAGACUCCACUGCACUAACGAGACCAGUUACCUUCUGCCUUCGCAUCUAAUCACAGGAGCGAGCGAGCGAGCAAGCAAUAGGGGAAAACCCCGUUUUACUCCUUUUUUUUCUUUCUAUCUUGUUUUUUUUUUCUUUUUUAUAUGGCCCAUGGCGUCUCUUAUGCUAGAACAGAAUAAAACGGUAUUACAAAGAAAGAUUGAUCAAGACGGUCACAGUGAACUCAUUGGGCCUAAUUCCUGUUUAUCAGACACAUGCAUCUUGCUUCUCAUGUUUUUAAAGAGUAAUUUAUAUAAAAUAAUAUUAAAGAGAACCGAUUAAUAUCAGGAGGAGCAAUACUAUUGGUCCUGGUUUGUCUUGCGUGGUCGUGUGCCAAACCUGUGGGGCGGACCUUUUAGAUGCAGAUGAUGGCGCCUGGGGGCGGGGGGUGGGGGAGUGUGUGGUAGUGAAUUAAUGUGACAUUGUGUUGCUGGGCACAAAGCAGUUCCAGGAUCAGCCACCAGGCGGAGGCAGCAGUCGAAGACUACCGUGUCAAUCGGGAGGUGACUCGGCCAAUUCAGCCGAUUUAAAGGUCACCUGGAGUGCCGAGGAGAGGCAGACGUGCAUCUCUUUAUUUUUUUUUCUUCUCUUCAUUCUCUUCUGCCUUUCGGUUAUUCAGUGAACAUCUAAGAGGCGGCAGUGGCUUCUGUUGGACCUUUUACUGUGACUGUUUCUUUUGGGUUUGUUUGGCUUAUUUUAUUUUUCUCCCACUUAUUGUUUGGGUUCUCCUUAUGCUGGUUUCAACCUUUGUUUAUGAUCCUCCCCCUCCAUCAAACAUACCACUGUCUGAAUCCUAAGAAAAUGUCCCAUCAUUUGACAUUCACACAGUUACAAAUAAAACAAAAUAACAUAACGGUGA